AUGGCGCCCAGGGAAGAAGAGAGCAAACUUAAUCAUUGUUCGAAAGAGAACCAGGGAUCUGUUAUACGACAACGGAUAACCAUAGACAGCGGUGAAGACACUGAAAAGGUGAGUGAGAAGCCAGCGGUUAAGGUACGUCGUCUGAACCUCAGUAAGUCUGUAGAGAAUGCCAACAAGGGAACCGCCUCGGUCCUCAACGUUAUCAAACAAAAGAAAGACGUAACCAAGGAUGACGCUCCAGCAAUCAAGAUCAAGAGUCUAGCUGAGAUCAGAGCUGAAAAGCAACGGCUCAGUCAAAAGGCUGACAUGUCCAGCGAAGAGAGUGGAGCGUCCGGAAGCGAAGAGCAGAACGAGGAGAUAAAGGAAGAGGAGAGGAACAGGAAAGAGGCGGACAAGCGAUGGGAGAGAAGAUCUAAGAUCUGGAGCCGCUCCCCUGAAAAAGCCAAGACAGAGGAGUCGCCGGUGAAAGAAAAGAAAACAGCAACAAAAGUCGAGGAAGAGAUAAAGAGCUUGGACGAAAUUCGCCGAGAAAGAAGGGCGCGGUUAUGGAACACGGCCUCUUCGUCGGACGACGCCCUCUCCAAGCCAAUCGUUAAGCGGCCUGGUGGUCAGGUGACCUCGAGGGCAGACUCCGCAUCCGCCUCUCAGAUCAAGAUCAAGACUCUGGCUGAGAUCAGGAGAGAGAAGCAACUCAGGGAGCAGCAGCAGACUGGUGCCACUCAAGUCUCACAAGUUACUGCACAGGAUUCAGCACAGGAAGGUAGUGAGAGAACUGAUAGUUUACCAGUCCAGGAGCCAGAGACUAGUAACCUUUCUUCAGCUACAUGUACUACAGGAGCGGAUAGGGAUGCUGGCCCAAGUUGGGAGUCGGCACCAGUCAACCAAGCUGCAAGGAUAUCAUCAACUAACAUAGGAACCAAGCUUACAAGAAAGCCACUACAGAGAAGGAGAGGAAGACAGGUGUCUAACACAUCUCAGGGAAACACCCAGUCUUACCCUAACAGUACAGGCACUAAUAUACAGUCCGUCCAACCAGAAGCCCAACCUCAACCAUCAUCAUCAGUACCGAUCUCUGCAGCUGUCUCAACGACUACAGGAGAGUUCAGCAAAGAGCCUGAAGUUAGCCGACCAGUACAAGAGGAGAGCAGGGUGAGCCGAGUAGUGCCUGAAGCUAGCAGCUUAGAAGAUGUCUACAUUCCAGAGGUUGUGGCUCAAGUUGAGCCUGAUACCACAUCAACUGUAACACCACCUGAAGUUGUGAUAACCCAAGCCAAACCGUCCAUCGCUCGUCACUCCAGUGUUACAGACGCUGAUCUCCAUCUCUUCCUACAGGAGAAUGAUGAUGAUGAUCUCGACAGCGCCCCGCCCGUAACCAUAGCAACGCAUCAGGAAGACGAUGACCUCCUAAACGAGCUUGAUGACUUCCUAAACAGUUGAUGAUCGCUCGAUUCUAGUUAUUUUUGUUUGUAUCUUGUGAUUCAGUUUAGAUGCAAUUGCACAUGAAAUGUGUUAGCUGUAUAUAAAAGAUUUCAAUUUAGACCUUCUAAAUGAGUUUCAUGACUAUGCUAACUUGGUUUAUGGUCACCAAAAGAUGGUGAACUUUGUUUUUUGUUCUUAUGCCAUGCUUUGUGUUGAUAUUCAAUGUACACGCAAUUAAUUACAUUUGAAAUGUGGAAGUGUUUGGAAUAAAUUCCAAAAUACAUUUGGGUUCAGGCGUGUAUUUACAAUGUUUAAUCUUUAAUCUUGAGUGCUCUAGCAAAGCAAUUUUAUGCUUUGCUGGUAAUUUCAUGCAAAAACCUAAAUCAUUGUUUUAUCCUUCUCUCCCCCUCCCCAUCACAUGGAAAAAAAUCAUAUCACAUAUGAAAGAAACAUGAAAUUAAGACUUAAGAAUUAAGUCCCCUCCAACGUCAUUCUCUUAAUAGGUAACCUCUUUAAUUUGCAUUUUAGCCAUAAUGAAGAAAAAAAAAUAUAUCAGGAAAAAAAAAGAGAAAAAAAUAUUUUUUAUACGUAAGGCUUAUGCAUUAUUAUAACUUUGUCUUCAUCGUUGCAAAUAUAUUUUGUAUAAUAAUAAUAAUGAUGAUGAUAUUGGUUUAUUCUUUCAAAAAUAUGCGCCACAGUCCGGGGGCUGAAUUUUGUGCUUCUGUUGGUACGUGUACCAAUAUUUGAUGC